AUGGAGGAGAGCGAACUGGCACUCUCCAAGUCGCCUGCGCGGGAGGCUUCGCCUUCGCCUCCGGAGGCUGAAUCUCUCCUGGCUGCUCUUGUCUAUGGUAGGACGCCCUGAAACCAUUGAUCCGCGGCUGUCUCGCUUUGUUUUCCGGCGUUCUCUCCGUGGUAGGUUCAUCUCUGACGAAGCGAUUUUCGUUUUCGACGCUGGAGAGUGUUUAGCACUCCGUGUGUUUUUCUUCUCAUCUCCGACGGCUGCUUUGAAGUGAGGAGGAUUGGAGCGAAGUAGCGACGCACGGACCGAGACCCGGUCUCAUCGCCGAUCCAUGCGAGAUUUCCUUGGCAUGCUAGGUUUUCAAUAAUUGCUACAGAUCUCAUUAGUUGGUGGAUAAAUACACUUUCAUCGACUUGAAUAUCCAUCCAAUUAUUCCAAUUCUGAAUUCUCAUGGAUCCGGCUAGGGUUGUCUAUACGAGCCAACUAUCUGAUCUCGAUACCUAGUCCUCUGCAUGCAAGCACUGUUUAGAUUUUAUGACCACAGGGAGCGGAUUAGGUUGGCAUGUACUCGCGAUAUAAUCAACAAUUUCCCGUCCAAGUAACAAAAGGAUUGUAUGAUAAUCGUGUGGAGAUGCACGCUUUGUUCAUCCACGGAAUCGAACCGGUUCGAGGGAUGUGAUGAAUCAUUUCUCCAGUAAAGCAGGAUGUGAACAAUGAGGCAAAUAAGAUUUACUAUUAUAAGACAUAGAAGCCUUCUUCAUGCUCUUGUGGCUGAUCGAUGAACGACGAGCCUAUUAUUUAUUGAAUAAUCUCCCUGUUUCUGGCUUCCGCGCUAAAAACAGUCGGGUAAAUGCGUUCUUAUCUUUUCCUUUUACUACUAUAAUGUGUUUCUCCAUCAAUGCAGACGUGUCACAGCAGGUGCAGUCAGUUCUAGAAAGCAUGCUCAAGCUGACAAGGUUAGAGACGCAUCACAGUCGCAUGUUAUUUUUUCUCGUCGGCGUACCCUUUUUUGUCUCACAAAAAUAAAUAAAAAUCAACAGUAGUAUCCACCAAACGUCCAAUCGAAUAACGGAAGAAAUGAUGAAGUGCAAGGAGACGGUCGAAGAGAAGAGGAAAGCGCUGGAUGAGGAGAAAGACUGCGUUCAGAAGGCAGCUUACGACGCCUUGCAGAUGCUCACGGCCCAGGAAUUCAGCUAG